AUGUUUGCCUCUGCAGGGAGCUUGGCUUGCAAGAAGUCCUCGGGAGGCUGCCAGGUCAGCCUUGGUUGUUCUCAGACAGCAAAUAGUAACAAUUCAAAUCCAAAACAAUUUGCUUGUGUUAAAUACUUGACCCAUAUUUUGUUAUUUGUUUUAUUUUUUCCAGCCUUAUAGGCAAUGGAGGAACGCUCAUUUCUUAUUUAUUCAAAUGUAACACGCUUCAUGACAGUUCUGACAAUGGAAUCGUUGGAUAUACCACCCUCCAGUGCUUUUACUAUAUUCAUUUUUGGGAUCAUCACAUACUGUUUAAUUUUAUUGUUUCACUCUAUAUUACUUGUGACUAUUGCUGUAAAAAGAGAUCUGCAUAAGCCUAUGUACAUACUGCUCUUUAAUUUGUCCUUAAAUGAUGUAUUAGCAACUACUUCUUUUUACCCUCAGCUGGUUUGUAGUAUCUUGUCUCAGACUAGAGAAAUCUCCUACCCUGCUUGUACCUUGCAAGGAUUUUUUAUUCACUUCUGUGGGUCUGUAUCACUUUUAUUUCUCACUGUAAUGGCAUAUGAUAGAUAUGUUGCUAUUUGUCAGCCCUUGAGAUACCACAAUCUGAUGACCCAAGGUACCUUGGUGAAACUUAUUUUUAUGGUCUGGUCAUUAAGUUUUUCUAUAAUUGUGAUUUUACUCACACUCACAGUAAGCAAAGAAAUCUGCAGGACAUAUAUAGUGGACACGUACUGUAAUAAUCCAUCUUUAAUGAAGUUGAGCUGCGAGGAUACAAGAGUGAUUAACUACUAUGGCUUGUUUACUAUAGCGCUUGUACAAGGCCCUUCAAUAUUGAUAGUAUCUAUAACAUAUAUUAAAAUCCUAAUUACCUGUCUUUCUACAAAACAGGCAAAAUCUAUUAGUAAGGCGAUGCAAACCUGUGGGACACAUUUAGUUGUUUUUCUGAGUUUUGAGGUCAAUACAUUCUUACUACUGAUUUCUCACAGGCUAGAAGCAGUAUCUCCGCACUUACGAAGGGCCUUUGGUGUUUCAGCUGUUGUCAUUUCUCCAUUACUUAAUCCUCUAAUUUAUGGGUUGAAUACAAGGGAAAUUCGGAAACCAAUUUUUAAAUUCUUACAAAGAUAUCUUCUAGUUAACAGGACCUGA